UGACAUGUCCCGCCCCCUGGCCGGUCUGCAGACUCACAACGAUACAGUUGAGUGUUUCAUAAAAAUGCACUCAGAUGCGGCAAAAAUACACAGUGACAGAGGAGGACCUGUUCCAAAGUAGCGGGGGACACACUCUCCUCAUGCUGUGAAAAGAAACAAGCUGUGACAAAGACUUUCCACUGACCUCUCACUUGUCGACACUGGCUAACAUCCAUAAGAUUUACCACACUCUGCACAGGCUGUUGCAUUUUAUAGAAUGGACGAGUGAUGAAUAUAAUGAAUGGACUGAUGGCAUCUGACUGUAGAAGGCUUCAGACCCUAAUGGAUUCAGGCCAGAUCUGGGCCAGAUGAUCAGAGCUAACCUGACGGAGGACGUUGGGCCAGACUCAGAUACCACAGCCUGCUGCUCCAGACCCAUGCCCCCUAGGAAAAAGAGGAGACCCACUGCAGGGGAUGACCUGUCAGCCAAGAAAAGCAGGCAGGACAGUGUUUUCAGAAAACACGAAUCCUCACGAAUCCAGGAAGAGGAGGCCUUCUCCAGUAAGAGGUGUCUAGAGUGGUUCUAUGAGUAUGCAGGAUGCGAUGAUGUAGUAGGGCCUGAAGGGAUGGAGAAGUUCUGUGAAGAUAUUGGAGUGGAACCAGAAAAUGUGGUGAUGCUGGUUUUAGCGUGGAAGCUGGACGCUCAGAGUAUGGGCUAUUUCACCUUACAGGAAUGGCUGAAGGGCAUGGGCUCCUUGCAGUGUGACUCGACAGACAGACUGCGCAGGUCCCUUGACUACCUGAGGUCUGUCCUUAAUGACCCCACCAACUUUAAGCUCAUCUACCGAUACGCCUUUGACUUUGCCCGGGAGAAGGACCAGAGGAGUUUAGACUUAAAUACAGCCAAAUGCAUGCUGGGGCUUCUCCUAGGGAAGACAUGGCCAUUGUUUCCUGUGUUUAACCAGUUCUUAGAGCAAUCCAAGUACAAAGUUAUAAAUAAAGACCAGUGGUGCAAUGUCCUUGAGUUCAGCCGGACAAUCAAUCUGGAUCUUAGCAAUUAUGAUGAAGACGGAGCUUGGCCCGUGCUGUUGGAUGAGUUUGUAGAGUGGUACAAAGACAGGGAGAUGGCGUAGUGCCAGCCCUCCCUCCACCACCAACCAACAAACGGAACGGCAAAAGACACCGAUGACAACGAUGACAACAGCGGCUUGGAAUAUCAAAACAUCAAACAAACAAACUCACUAACAAACGGAACUCAAGGGAGCAGGUGUGGGUGGAUGGUA